AUGCCAGUCAUCUUCUCCGCCGAGACUGUGAAGUUGAAGACACUGUUCCAGGCUUGGUCAAUACUCGACCUGCUCUACGAUGAGCCGUCGCAGCUAUAUUUCCGUCAACUCCUUCAGGAUGCUUGGUUCGAGACUGCUACGGGCUUUAGUUACGAUGGCGAGGUUCAAGGCAUGCUGAUGUCUCGCUGUCACGCCAAGUUCCUCCGCAACCUUCUUGUUGAGCGCGCCUCAGCAGUUCCGGAAUGCGUCAUUGACGCUGUGCCAGACGAGGACAUCCGAGUCGACUAUAUGUGGCAGACCUGUCGUCUCAUCCAAAACACGCUCCGUGAAAAGUUCCGACGUCACUGGCAAUCCCACACAAAGGAAUGGAAUGACCGUGAGAAGGACCGCGUCAUGCAGAUGAUGGGCUAUCCUCCAGCCGAUGAGCUGCGCCGCCUUGGUUUACAGCUUCCACAGCCUCAUCUCCUGGAGCAGCCUACUCCGACUCAGCUCAAGCUGUAUGAGGAGCGCAUGCGUCAGCGGAGGGUUACAAUUCCGCGACUGUGUCCGGAAUUAUGGGAGGAUGAUAUGCACGAGCAACUACAAACGGUUCCUCAGGACCAUGCAAAAUUUCUGGCCCCGCAACACUCGUCAAAACCUCAACUACUCCCACAGAUGAAUCAGUUCCAUCCUCAGCUGCCUAACCAACAACAGUCCCAGGAUAGGCACUUGACCAAGGAAGAGCACCGCGUCUCACCGAAUCUAUGUCUUCAACCAUCACAUCGUCAUUCUGUGGGAUGUGUAUCCGAACCAAAGUCACAGAAAUUUCCUUCGGAUCGUCGAAAAAUCCCCAAUGCUUCUCGGACAAAGCGUGAUAUUUUUCAACAGCCAUCUGUCCCGCGUUUAGCACAGCACGAAGAGCUACUAUUUCAGUCUCAAGCCCCUCAAGUCAUUCCGUCUCUUUCAAGUGAAUGUCCAAUGUAUCAAGUUCAGCAGCCUCAGCAGGAGAAUAUUCCUCAGGAUGAGGCUUCUGGGCAGUAUCUUCCACAAGAAAAUUUGCUAGGGCAGUCCUAUCAGCAACACUCCGCGCAAUUGGUCAUACCUCAACAUGAGCAGCAGUGGGGGGCGCAGGUAAGUCCAUUCAUUUACUCUCGUCCAUCUGUGAUCCCGGAUUGUGAUAUUCAAGUCAUUCGGGCGGAGAAUCCUACACAACCCCUGGUAUUCCGAUGUAGUGACUUUCUGCCAAAUCCUAGCAAUCCCAUGGAUCGAAGCCCUGAAGGAGAUUGGAUCAAUGCAGCUAGCAUUACCAUGGCUCAGUUUGACAAUUUCCGAGUGAACAUGAUGAGUGAAGGUUAUCUUAACGAAGGGGACCGACUUUGGCUGAACCCCAGACCACUAGAUACCGUAAUCCUCGAUGAGAUGAUGGCACCUCAGAUCGGGGAGACCAGGAUCACGGGAUUUAACAUCAAAUCGACAUUUGAGAGGGCUAUUAGUACACAUUAUCCUCAUAUUCGCUGCCACUCUACUCAGCCAAACGAAAUGUUGGUGCGGCCCAGCUUUACUAUCAUUAUUCGAAGUGCCAACCUCACCGGUGAUGACCUCAGUGCCAGUCAACCCAGUUUGAGAGUCCCAAGUCUUGACAGCACUUGUUAUGCUCACUUUUUGUCCCAUCGUGCUAAUGGGGCCACAGUAUCUCCAUUAUGGAGCGCAAAUUAUUCGGAGCAAAGCUUGUGCAGCCCAACCUUUGGCUUGAAUCAGGUCUGGCCGACCGGCCCUACGCAGGAUGUGAGCCCUAUGCAAGCCGAAUUUGCAGAUCACGAUGCCAGUCUCACACAGCUAGUUCCUACCACCUGGAAUCCCGAGCUUGUCGCGCCUCCCACUGAGCACCACCAAACCACGGUGUCAAGUAAUGAGCCAUCGAAAAAUUUAGGUGUAUUAACCUCUGCAGCUUUCAAGACGAAUCUUGCCAUAAAUACCCCAACCUUUCUACCCCCCGUCCUAGAGGAGCCGGGAAGCCUGGAUGUGCUAACCAGGACAGCAUAUGAGUUACAAUUUCCCCCAAAUGGUCCGCAAAUCCUGGCUCCUACCCCGGAGGUAAUUUUUGAUCAAGCCAAUCUGAGAUCAUUUACCUCAAAUCUAGGUGUUGGCGUCGAUUGGACCUUGGAAGAUUUGGACUUUGAGACUGCUCUGAACAACUUAAAUGAGGGUUUGAGUGAGACUCCGGCGCAGCUUUCUAACCAACUCGGUGAGCAACGUGCUCAAUGGUAG